AUGGCUUCCCGGCGCCUAGCUCUUAACCUUAACUCGGCUCUCCGGAGCAAGAAGGCCAUCCAGUCCGUGAAGCGUGGCUUUGCGUCGCCGGUUGCGCUGCCCUCUACCACCCAGUCUACCACCCUCUCCAACGGGUUCACGAUUGCCUCUGAAUACUCGCCAUGGGCUCAGACUUCCACCGUCGGCGUGUGGAUCGAUUCCGGUAGCCGGUCAGAGACUGACAAGACCAACGGAACCGCUCACUUCCUUGAGCACCUUGCCUUCAAGGGUACCAACAAGCGCUCGCAGCACCAAUUGGAGCUCGAGAUCGAGAACAUGGGCGCUCACCUCAACGCCUACACCUCGCGCGAGAACACUGUCUACUACGCCAAGUCCUUCAACGCCGAUGUUCCCAAGGCCGUCGACAUCCUCUCCGAUAUCCUUCAGAACUCCAAGCUUGAGGCUGGUGCCAUUGAGCGCGAGCGUGAUGUGAUUCUGCGCGAGCAGGAGGAGGUUGACAAGCAGCUCGAGGAGGUUGUCUUCGACCACUUGCACGCCACCGCUUUCCAGGGCCAGCCCCUUGGUCGCACUAUCCUCGGUCCCAAGGAGAACAUCCAGACCAUCUCCCGCGAUAACCUGACCGACUACAUUAAGACCAACUACACCGCUGACCGCAUGGUUCUUGUUGGUGCUGGUGGUGUUCCCCACGAGCAACUUGUUCGUCUGGCCGAGGAGCACUUCGGCACUCUCCCUAGCCAGGCCCCUACCUCUGCUGCCCUGGCCCUCACUGCUGAGAUGAAGCGCAAGCCUGAAUUCAUUGGCUCCGAGGUUCGUCUCCGUGACGAUACUAUCCCCUCUGCUCACAUCGCUCUCGCCGUUGAGGGUGUCAGCUGGAGUGAUGAUGACUACUUCACUGGUCUGGUUACCCAGGCCAUUGUCGGCAACUGGGACCGUGCUAUGGGCCAGUCUCCCUUCCUCGGCAGCAAACUCAGCUCCCACGUCAGCAAGCACCACCUUGCUAACAGCUUCAUGAGCUUCUCUACCAGCUACAGCGACACUGGUCUCUGGGGUAUCUACCUUGUCUCCGAGAACUUGACUGCUCUCGAUGACUUGAUCCACUUCACUCUUCGUGAGUGGUCUCGCUUGUGCAACAACGUCACCCCCGCUGAGGUUGACCGCGCCAAGGCCCAGCUUAAGGCCUCUAUCCUCUUGUCACUUGACGGUACCACCGCUGUCGCCGAGGACAUUGGUCGCCAGAUCAUCACCACCGGCCGCCGCCUCAGCCCUGAGGAUGUCGAGCGUGUUGUUGGUGCCAUCACCGAGAAGGAUGUCAUGGACUUCGCCACCCGCAAGCUGUGGGAUCAGGAUCUCUCCAUGAGCGCUGUUGGCAGCAUCGAGGGCAUCCUCGACUACCAGCGUAUCCGUGGCGACAUGGCCCGUAACCUGUCGUAA